AUGGCUUCCGAGAAAACAGAUAUUCUUCCAUCGGAAUCGUUGGGUGGUGAUGUCACUAAUUUGAACGAGCUCACUUCGCUGAUUCAAGGUGUUCUCCAGCAAACACAGGAUCGAUUCCAGCACAUGUCCGAUCAGAUUAUUCGUCGUAUUGAUGAUAUGACUAAACGUAUCGACGAUCUAGAGAAGAACAUCUCUGAUGUGAUGGCUCAGAAUCAAAUAGAACAGCAACAGCCAUGA